GUGAAAAAGUUGGUAGUCGCUCGCGAUCACACGGCCGUUCUUUCAUGACUCGUGCGAUAACAAUGUUGACUAAAUUGUCUUGCAAAUUUAUUUUCAGCAUAAUUUAAAAUAAAAUUUAGUGCGCAUAUUUUCGAAAAACUGACGAUUUUCGACAGAUAGAUUUCUAAAGUGCGAAAAUUUGACUGAUUUAAGUAACGCUAUCAUUACUGAAGUGAUUCUUGUGUAAAUUUAAAGUAGUGGCAAGAGAAAUACGCCGAAAUGGAGAAUCGUUCUCAGGGGAAGAUAUCGGAUGACGAUGUGAUUGGGCAGCACAAUAGCAAAAGACCCUCAAUGUUAAGUGUGAGUGGAUUGUGGGACGUAGUUCCACGACUGGAUCAUUACAGAUUAAGUCGUCGCGCGAAAAGACCAUCUCUAAGUGCUUUACACGAGGGAAAUCUUGUAAAGGAGGCCAACGCUGUCGAGACCGGACAGGUCGGGAGUGCAGUCGGUCAGCAGGGUCACAGCGGAAUAAAAUUAGGAUGGAUCCAAGGCGUCCUCAUACCGUGCCUGCUAAACAUAUGGGGCGUAAUGCUUUUUCUGCGACUCUCAUGGGUAGUCGCGCAGGCCGGCAUUCUGAUAACCAUUGGCAUUAUCGGAGUAUCGGCGAUCGUCUGCGUCAUUACGACGCUUAGUCUCAGCGCAAUUAGCACUAAUGGGGAAGUAAAGGGAGGAGGGAUAUACUUCAUUAUAUCUCGCACUCUUGGACCGGAGUUUGGCGCAUCGGUUGGCAUUGUGUUUGCAUUUGCGAAUGCUGUGGCAGCUUCCAUGAACACAAUCGGUUUUUGUGAUUCUUUAAACGACUUGCUGAAGACAUACGAUUUAAAAAUCAUAGAUAAUGGCGUGAAUGACGUUCGGAUCGUCGGUAUAAUAGCGCUUAUCAUUAUGAUAUUAAUCUGUGCAGUCGGCAUGGAGUGGGAAUCAAAGGCACAAAAUUUUCUUAUAGCUGUCAUUGUGGGCGCAAUUUUUGAUUUUCUAAUUGGAACCAUCAUAGGACCAUCUAGUGAAGAACAGAAAGCGAAAGGAUUUAUAGGGUUCUCCAUAGAUGUAUUUAAAAAAAAUUUGAUGCCAGACUAUCGAUAUUCUGAGGGGAACAAUCAAACCACCUUCUCGGUAUUUGCUAUCUUUUUCCCAUCGGUCACUGGAAUUCAAGCGGGCGCUAAUAUAUCCGGUGAUUUAAAAGAUCCAGCGAGCAGCAUACCGAAAGGAACUCUACUAGCUCUAUUGAUCUCCAUGCUUAGUUAUGUAACUUUCGUUUUUUUUGCUGGCGCCGCGGCUGCCAGAGAUGCAGAUGGUUUCGUAAACAAUACUAUCGUAGAAUACAUCCCCAAUAUCAAUCGCACUUUUGGAUUGCACAACAGUUACUCGGUUAUGCAAUUGAUGUCUCUUUGGGGUCCACUAAUUUACGCAGGAUGUUUCGCGGCUACUCUAUCAACAGCGCUGACAAAUUUAUUGUCAGUGCCGAGACUCAUUCAGGCUUUGGGUCAGGAUCGAAUUUAUCCUGGAUUAAUUUUCUUUAGCAAAGGAUAUGGGAAGUCUGGAGAACCCUAUCGGGGAUAUUUUCUCACGUUCAUCGUUGCGGCUGCAUUCCUUUUAAUUGCCAAUCUCAACGCAGUCGCUCCGCUAAUUUCAAACUUCUAUUUAGCAUCAUACGCCUUAAUCAACUUCUGUACUUUUCACGCGGCUUUGAUUCGGCCACUCGGAUGGCGACCCAGUUUUAAAUACUAUAAUACUUGGUUGUCUCUAUUCGGAUUCAUCCUUUGCGUGACAAUUAUGUUCCUCAUCGACUGGACGACUUCACUAAUCACUUUCGUCAUUAUAUUCGCGCUAUAUUUAAUAGUAGUGUAUCGUAAGCCAGAUGUGAAUUGGGGAAGCAGUACACAAGCGCAAACUUAUAAGACCGCACUUUCUAUCGUCUACAGAUUGAAUUCAAUUGAUGAACAUGUGAAGAAUUACGCUCCACAAAUUUUGGCGCUUACAGGUCCGCCUAAUGCGAGACCCGCAUUGGUACACUUAGCGAACCUCAUUACGAAGAAUAACUCUUUGCUUAUUUCCGGUGAAAUCUUUCCAGCACAACUACCGUUUCGGUUACGCUCUGUACGUUUAAGGAAUGGUUACUCCUGGUUGCAUCAGCAACGUAUAAAAGCAUUCUACCACGUGGUGGAGGAUUUGAGUUUGGAACGAGGCGCGGCUGUGUUGAUGCAAGCUACCGGAGUAGGUAAACUGGCUCCUAAUGUAGUUCUCAUGGGUUACAAGACUCAUUGGUCGACGUGCAAUCAUAAAGAUUUACAGGAAUAUUUUAACGUUCUCCAUAAUGCCUUCGAUCAUAAGUUGUCCGUGGCAAUUUUGAGGAUCGCUGAUGGUCUAGACAACUCUACUGUCACAAAUGCAAAUGGAGACGAGGAACAUGGAAUUUUUGCACAGAGUAGCGAUAAUUUGGCGGGAAAUACUUUGAUGCAUACCGAUAGCAAUCUGUCUAUGAACAUGCAAAUUCCCAGAGUACAAAGCGUGCCGACAAUAGGUACGACAUUUGCCGCACCUAUUGAUGUGACACAUGUGAUCAAAGAUUCAUCGAUACAUUGGAACGCUCGAGAAAAUUUAAAGCAAAAGAAAAAACGUGCUGCUGAUAAAUUGCUUGAAAAACACAAUGGUAUGGCUACUAUACCAGAGAAUUUAACAAUUUUCCAACAGAAGCAUAAGAAAGGAACAAUUGACGUGUGGUGGUUAUACGAUGAUGGAGGUCUGACGAUUCUCCUGCCGUAUAUAAUCAGCACGCGCUCUAAUUGGGAACACUGUAAAGUGAGGAUAUUCGCUUUGGCCAACCAUAAGCAGGAUAUCGGUGCGCAAGAAAAAGAAAUGGUUGAAAUAAUGUCAAAGGCUCGAAUAAAAUACAGUAGUCUAAAAAUGGUGGAUGACAUUAGCGUUGCACCGAAACAAGAAACGCAAUCUUUCUUCGACAACUUAAUAACAAAAUUCCGAAAUGAUUCUUCUAACAAUCCGGAAUCUUGUGUAACUGAUCUGGAGCUUAAUACUUUACGAGAUAAAACAAACCGGCAGUUGCGACUGCGAGAAUUAUUGUUGGAGAAUUCAAGUCAGUCUACCUUGGUAGUUAUGUCGUUACCGAUGCCAAGAAAGGGUGCAAUUUCGGCGCCAUUGUACAUGGCCUGGUUAGAAGCACUUACGAGGGAUAUGCCACCAACAAUUUUAGUCCGUGGAAACCACAUAUCCGUAUUAACAUUCUAUUCAUAAUCUAUUUAUAGUUAAAUAAUGUGAUGUAAUCACGUAAAUGUUGACGCGUCACAAAAAAAAUCUGUCUUUAUUGAGAUAUACUUUUCUGACACGGACACACAGUAUUCAGGAUAUUUAUGCCAAAAUUAUUAUAUCUGUACUUAUAAAAGCAAACUAAUGAUAUUUAAUUCUAUCAUUUUGCUAAGUUAGAAUUAAGAAAUUCUUACGGCUUGCUGUGUACAGCAAGAUAACUUUGGUACCUGUAGAACAGUGUUUCCCAACUGUCUCGAAUUGCUCAACUAUUCGAUAUAAGAUUCGUCGCUGUAAUUAAUUAAAUUGAUAAUUGCAAUAAGAAUAUAAAUCGAUCAAAUUUUAACAACUUUUUAAAAACUGAU